AAAAUUUGUUUGUGAAAUUUGGAAAUAACAGAUCGACAAAGAAAAAGAAGAAUGAACAGAUCUAAAUGCUUUGGUAAAAUAAAGAAAAAGCUGGAGGAAGCCAAAAAUAGAUGGGCUAGAAUUACAAAAGUAGAAUUUAGCCACAAUGAGAGUGCUCGUUUGGCAACUGACGCCCUUUUGGAUGGGGGUCUUGAAGCCUACCAGAAAGUUCUCAAUGACGAAGGAGAAGUGGACUUUCUUUCUGAAGAAGAAGUCAAGUACAUAAAAGCCAAUGCCAAAGAGCCCUACUACGCCAACGAUAAUCUUUCGGAUGGUGACUCGGAGCCUGUAUCAAAUGGAAACCAUUCAGACGAGUCCGAAUGUUUUUACCCCAUGAAUUCAGAUAACAGUGAAUCCAAAACACGAUUACACAACUGGAGCUCUGAGGACAAGCCGUAUCUCAAAGACAAGUCCAGUACUACUGUCUACUUCCAAACUGAUAAGAGUAACAAUAUCCGAGAAAGUAUUAGGAGAUGUAUACACAAGACAACGCAGGUUUUAGCUAUAAUGAUGGACGAGUUCACGGAUGCUGAAAUAUUCUGCGACGUGCUCGAAGCUGCUAAUAAGAGAAAUAUAUUUGUCUACCUGCUACUUGAAGCCACCAAAGUCCAUCUUUUCAUUAAGAUGUGUGAAAAAUUGCAGGUUAAGGAUGUCCAUCUCAAGAAUGUUUGUGUUAGGAGCGUGUCUGGUGAAGUUUACUGUGCAAAAUCUGGCAAAAAAUUCUACGGUCAAAUCUGCGAGAAAUUCAUCAUAUCUGAUUGGAGAUGUGUUUUGUCUGGGACAUUCAGUUUCACAUGGCUCUCGGGUCAAGUUCAUCGGAAUUUCUUGUCCAAGUUUUCCGGACGUGUGGUGGAAUUGUUCGAUGAGGAGUUCCAACAUCUGUAUAGCUCAUCCAAGCCAGUGAUGGGUUUAAAGACACCAGCACCAAUGGCACCUGUAUUAAAGCAGCAAAACAGUAUUAGUAUGAUGUCCGACAGCAGUUCUGCAAUCAGCCCCAAUACGACGUCUGAAAAGCUCAGUGGUUCUUCUGCAACGAGCUUCUCCCAGGUUUCGCUGCGCCCGUCAUCUCCAAUAAACAUCCCACCACCUCUACAGCAAUUCUCAUCUCCAACAAACAUUGCACCACCUGUACGACAAUCCUCAUCUCCAACAAACAUCCCACCACCUGUACGACAAUCCUCAUCCCCAACAAACAUCCCACCACCUGUCCGGCAAUCCUCAUCCCCAACAAACACAUCAACGCCUGCCCAAACAUCACUGCACAGAAUGAAUUCCUUCCAUAAUUACUCGUCUUAUAGGACUCCAACUUCUCCAACCAACUAUCAGCCUACUUAUUACCAAAGGAAUCAUGUGCAAGAGACACCUACAUUCCUUUACAACAAGAACGCCAACAUAUAUCGGUCACUGAGAGAGAGGCGCGAAGACUUUACCACCUCCAGGUUUACUCAAAGCUGGAGAUUAUUUACUUAAUCUACCACACUUUCAUUUUAAAACUAAGUGGCUCCCUCUGUCACAAUUGGACAGCUCAUGUCCUCUGCUGGCUGAGCAUGCUGGGCACUGAAAUCCAGCAGCCGCUGCAAAUUUGCAGCCCCUGGUCCAUGCACUGAUAUUGUAUGCACUAAGAAUGAAA